GCCGCGCCAGGGCUGGCCGCGCCGAGGUGGGAGGCAGGAUGGAGGGGCGGGAGCCAAGGCCGAGGGGGCGGACAUGGGGUGGCGUCUGGCGCUCCAUAAAGGGAUUGCGGGGGCCGCGCUCUCUUCUGCUAGGGCAGCGGCCACCGGCGAGGAACACGGCGCGAUGCAGGUUCAGUGCCAGCAGAGCCCAGUGCUCGCAGGCAGCGCCACUUUGGUCGCCCUUGGGGCACUGGUCUUGUACGUCGCGAAGCCCUCCGGCUACGGGAAGCACACGGAGAGCCUGAAGCCCGCGGCUACCCGCCUGCCAGCCCGCGCAGCCUGGUUCCUGCAGGAGCUGCCUUCCUUCGCGGUGCCCGCGGGGAUCCUCGCUCGGCAGCCCCUCUCCCUCUUGGGGCCACCUGGGACGGUGCUUCUGGGCCUCUUCUGCGUACAUUACUUCCACAGGACAUUUGUGUACUCACUGCUCAAUCGAGGGAGGCCUUAUCCAGCUGUACUCAUUUUCAGAGGCAUUGCCUUCUGCGCUGGAAAUGGAUUCCUUCAAAGCUACUAUCUGAUUUACUGUGCUGAAUACCCUGAUGGGUGGUACACAGACAUACGGUUUUGCUUGGGUGUCUUCUUAUUUAUUUUGGGAAUGGGAGUCAACAUCCAUAGUGACUAUAUAUUGCGCCAGCUCAGGAAACCUGGAGAAAUCACCUACAGGAUUCCACAAGGUGGCUUGUUUACGUAUGUUUCUGGAGCCAAUUUCCUUGGUGAGAUCAUUGAAUGGAUCGGCUAUGCGCUGGCCACUUGGUCCCUCCCAGCACUUGCAUUUGCAUUUUUCUCAGUUUGUUUCCUUGGGCUGCGAGCUUUUCACCACCAUAGGUUCUACCUCAAGAUGUUUGAGGACUACCCCAAAUCUCGGAAAGCCCUUAUUCCAUUCAUCUUUUAAAGAAACCAAAUUAAAAAGGAGCAAAGCUCCCACAACGCUGAUGAAAACUGUCAAGCUGCUGAAACUGUAAUUUCCAUGAUAUAAUAGUCCUCCAUAUAUAUAUAUGUAUGUGCAUAUAUAAUAGUAGGUCUCCUGGCGUUCUGCCAGCUGGCCUGGGGAUUCUGAGUGGUGCCUGCUUAGAGUUUACUUCUACCCUUCCAGGGACCCCUAUCCUGAUCUCCAAUUGAAGCUUCAAAAAGCCACUUUUCCAAAUGGCAACGGUUGCUUCUUAGGUAUUGCUCUGAGAAAGUACAAACUUCUAUUUCUUUCACUGGGCAAUCCAAGUACACGUGGCUUCAUACCCACUCCCUGUCAAUGUAGGACAACUCUGUAAUCAAGAAUUUUUUGGCUUGAAGGCAGUGCUUAUAGACCUUAUUAAAGGUAUACAUUUUGUACGCAUACAGAGUAGCAGAGAUUUAAACUCUGAAGCCACACAGACCCAGAGCAAACCCACUCCCAAAUGAAAACCCCAGUCACGUCUUCCUUUUCCUUGGUUAAUUAGGAAAGAUGAGAAAUUAUUAGAUAGACCUUGAAUACAGGAGCCCUCUCCUCAUAGUGCUGAGAAGAUACUGAUGCAUUGAUCUCAUUUCAAAUGUAUGCAGUGUCUUAGUUGAUGAGUGCCUCUGUUUUCCAGAAGAUUUCACAAUCCCCGGAAAACUGGUAUGGCUAUUCUUGAAGGCCAGGUUUUAAUAACCACAAAGAAAAAGGCAUGACCCUGGAUGGCUGCUGGGAGAGUAGAGAACAGCAUGAUCCUGGAUGGCUACUAAGAGGAUAGAGAACAGUUUUACAAUAGACAUUGCAAACUUUCAUGUUCUUGGAAACUGGUGGCAAUAUCCAAAAAAAAAAAAAAAGUAAGUGUAAAACAGAGAGAAUUAAUGAUGAGGUUACAUGCUGCUUGCCUCCACCAGAUGUCCACAAUGAUGUGAAGUACAGCAGAAGCCCCAAGCAACUUUCCUUUCCUAGAACUUCUUCAUUGUAGUUCUCAGAACCUGUUCAAGAAGGUGUCUCCUAGGGGCAGCUUGAAUGCCUCGCUCACAUGAGCUGCAGGCAGAGGCUGAAAGUUGCAGACAGAAGGGCACAUCUGGGCAGAAAACCUGUUUUGUUUGCCUCAGACUUUUUUUGUUUUUUACAAAGUUUCAAAAAUGUAAAAAUUAGGAGAUUCCUUCAUAAAACUCUGGCAUUCUAAUUUCAUUUAAAAAGCUGGAGGAUCUGAGCAUUCAGAGCCCACAUUUCCACACCAGAACUGGAACUACGUAGCUAGUAAGCAUUUGAGUUUGCAAACUCUUGUGAAGCGGUCACCCCGGCAUGGGCGCUGAGAUAUGGACUCUCUAAGGAAGGGGCCGAACACUUGUAAUUGGAAUAUAUGGAAAUAUUUGUCUUCUCAGGCCUGUGUUUGUGGAAUGCAUUGUCAAUAUUUAGCAAACUGUUUUGAGAAAUGAGCACCAGUGGUAUUAAGUACAGAAACUCACUAUAUAAGUCACAGAGGAAACUUGGAAGGUCUGAGGAUGAUGUUGAUUACUGAAAAAUACAGAUUGCAAUCAUAUAAAUAAAUGUUCUUGUUGUUCAUUAAAUACCUUAAAAAUCAUAGAUGUUAAGUAAUUUUGUUUGAAUUAAAAUAUCCUGGGACUUCUGGA